CAGUGAUGCCUUUCACAACAUAAACAGAGGGAUCCCUGGGCAGACACCUGAUCCACCAUUCCAACUGUACCCCACCCCCCUCUCUCUCUUUCUCUCUGAAGAGUAACCAGACAGUGCAUCUCUUGUCUUUCCCCCUCUGUCUUUUAACUAUGCGACUUUUUUUCUUGUCAAAUACCAUGGCAACACAGCAACCCACCACUAGCAGUCUUGACUUUUCUGAACAACAAAGAGAAGAGGUUGGGGGAGGAGGUUCUGUACGUGAGGGGACGAGGCUUAGAUUGAAGACUUCAUGUAAAUCAUCUGUGCCAAGACUUUUGUGCUGCCUGAAUGCAGAGCUUUGCAGAGUCUCCAGAUAGCUCCUCAACACUGCUCCCACUUUCCUGUUGGAACCAUGUUUGAGAAAGACAACUACGACAGCCCCCCUGUGUACAGCCCGCCGUACAGCCCCACCAAUGGCUACGGUCCGCCGGCGAGUUUCCACGCCUCGAGGACCGAGCUGGACGCGUACCCAGCUCCCCCGGGAUCUUACUACAUCGAGGACAAGCCCCAGCUCUUCUACAAGCUGUUCUCCCCUCCGGGCAUCGUCAAGGCCAUGCUGGGCCUCAUCGUGGUGCUGUGCCUAGGCAUCUUCGCCUGCGUGGCCUCCACACUCGUCUGGGACAUGCAGUACAGCGGCUACGGGAUGGGGGGCUAUGGCACGGGAGGGAUGGGUUACGGUGGUGGUUACGGUUACGGCAGCGGCUACGGAGGUUACGGGAGCAGCUACGGGAGCGGCUAUGGGAGCGGCUACGGCUACUACAGCUCCUACCCAACACCGUACUCGGCUAAGACCAGCAUGAUCGCCAUGGCGGCCAUCAACUUCAUUGCCGCGCUGGGCUUAUUCGUGGCCUGCUUCUCUAAGAGCAACACCUUCCGCAGCCGCAAGUUCUUCCUAGUGGUGCUGGUGGCCAGUGCCAUCCUGGCCUUUCUGCAGGGCAUCAUCAACAUUGUUUACAUCGUGGGUGUCAACCCCAUGGCCCAGAGCUCAUCCAGCAUGUACCUCAACCCCAUGCUGAUGAUGUGCCAGAACAUGUACAGCACAGGGGUGUCCAGUAUGGGUGGAGUGGGAGGCUUCCCCAUCUACAACCAGUACUUGUACCACUACUGCUAUGUGGACCCACAGGAGGCUGUGGCAAUGGUUUGUGGCUUCUUAGUUGUCAUUGCGCUGGUGGUGAUCGCUGUGUUCGCCCACAAAACACGCAGCAAGAUUUGGCGCUAUGGCAAGCCCAACAUCCACUGGGACGAGCCACUGACCCGAGGACCAGAAGGCAGAGAUGUGGAGGACUGGGUGAACAAUGUUCAGGACACACAGAGUGUUCAGGACGCGCCCACGGUGGUGAUUUCUGAGAAAGCUGCACCUUUUCUGAGCAAAGCAAACAGCAUCAUUCUCUCCACCCCUCCCAAAGAUGAGAGUAUGUUCAGCACCGACACGUACAACAACACUGGGUAUUUUGACCGUUCCGUCAGCCGUCCAUCGGAGCACCUGUCCCAUGGUGGAGAGGUCAGCUCCAGUCCCUCAGAGGAGACCGCAGGGGUUCGCAAACCAUCCGCCAACCGGGCCAGGAGAAAGCGCCGCAACACAGACUUUGACGAGUCUCAGUACGAGACGGAGUACACCACAGGGGGAGAGACCAGCGAGAUGGACAAGGACAUGUGGGAGAGCAUGUACCCUGUGAUCACCUCGGACUCUCAGCGCCAUGAGUACAAGAGGGAGUUCGAUGCCGACCUGAAGCACUACAAGAACCUGUGUGCUGAGAUGGACGAUAUUAAUGACCAGCUGAACAAGCUGAGCCGUGAGCUGGACACGCUUGAUGAGGGUACCGGCAAGUACCAGGCUGUUGCUGAGGAGUAUAACCAUCUCAAAGACAUGAAAAGGAUGCCUGAAUACCAGUCCAAAAAGCAGCAGUGCCGUAAGUUAAGGCAGAAGCUUUUCCACGUCAAGCGCAUGGUGAAGAAUUAUGACCGCAAUCAGCCCUAAGAAUUUGUAGUCUUUUCCCCUCACCACUGUAUUAGACAUUUAAACGUUAUACACUCUUCAACUUUGGAUCUUUGUAAAGACAGAAGAAAAGUGACAACACAAAAGCCUCUGUGUAGAAGGCUUUACAACAUGACUAUAUGAGACCAAGUUCGUCUGGAACAUAGACCCCCAUAGUGCAGCUUCGUAGCUGAAUGACUGAAGAAUGAGGUGAUGACUCUCUUUCAUCUUUUGUCAUUCCACGCAAAGUUUUGGUGGCACCCACAUGACCAGCUCCCACAUCUCUCUGCAUAUACAAGGAAACUCUGUGUCAUGUGGAGAAGACUCACAAGACUUUUUUUUGUCCUCUGCCUCUACUACUACCACCUCUCCUCCCAUGCAAACCGUACUAUUGACGCCUCUGAGCCGUCGGGGUGUCCACACAAAUCAGUGUGGAUGUAUUAGCCUUAUCUGCCUCCCUUUACUGUGGGAGUCCUGGGUGUGGCAGGGAAAGGUUAACAUAAAGACAUCUCAAAAACUGAUAGGAGCUGGCUAGCGAUAUGCAGCGUUACUGUUUGCUCCAGAUACGGGAAUGGCCUCACUGAUAAAGCAGCAAGAGCCAAAAGACACAGAACAAAUGUUUGAGGUGGGUCGAGGAGGGCGUGCCGAGCCUGUUGAAUUGAACUCUAUCUGAGACUGAGACUAACCCUCUCCUUUGAGGAAGGGCACGUGAUUCCAUGCAGUGCCCAACAAUGUGUCUUCUCUUAACCAAAGGAAAGUGUCAUUUUGUUUAAUUGUCCUUAAUUUGUCUUUAUAAGUAACUAAGUAAACAUCAACAAUGGCACUUGGGGGCUUCAAGGUCAGUUGUGUUUGCUUAAGCUUACUGGGUUACCUGACCAAUCAUUAUUGUACAGGUGUAGCAGCCAUUGGCAUUAAGCUAUGUUUGGCUUAAAAGAACAUUUUAGCAUGUGAUCUUUGAUAUUUCUGCCGCAUCCCCGUAUUAAACAACUGUAAUGCGAUUGAGAAAGAACACUGGUUAAAUUGUGUGAUGAGCAUGGCCAAAUGACUCCUUCCUGAGUAUGAGAUGUGAGCAGUGGUCUUUCUGGCGUACUGUUAUGCAAAACUGAAAAAAAAAUUCUCCAAUUUGCCAGCCUUUCUGUUUCAUAAGCUCAUAUCCAACAGGGAGUAUAUGACUGUGAUUUUCUGGAUCAAAAGUCUGCUAUUUUAUGAUGGUGCCAAAAGUAUUUUUAUCUUAUCAUGGCCACACUAAUCAACAUGCUAAUAUGAAUCAAAAUGAAACACAUGUAGAUUUUCAUGCUGUUGAAAAUGAUUAUUUUUGUCUCUGCAUUACCAUCACUGAAGGUAUUGGCUUACUCACAUCACCUUUGCAUGAUGCUUUGUUUCUGUAUCAUUUCAUGAAGGAUUUUUUGUCAUUUGUAUAUUUUCAUGAAAUUUUCAUCUCAUUUUCAUAUCAUCUCAUUUUCUUUUUUAAAAUAUGAGUGUUAUUUUCUAAUGUCUGCAUUAGAAUAGCAUUUUGUCAUGUUAUGAUCAGUGUUUUGUAUCUAAUCUUUGUAAUUAAUAAAAAAGGAGGAAAACAA